GCCUGCAUUUCAUGUCUCUAGGUCGCGGCGACUUCACAAGGCUUAGCAAGCAAAGAUGAGAUGUUUAGCUCUUCUUCACUCUUCUGCCGGCAAUGAUCAUGGCGACCGCUGUCACGGACAGCUACCUGAACGAAGACAUCUCGGGUCGACUCUCAGCCGCGACGACCGUCAUCGUUAUACUCACCACUACUCUUCUAGCCCUACGCAUAUACGUGCGAAGCCUCGCCCAUGUCUCUAGCGGCUGGGACGAUAUUCUGCUGGCUCCUGCUUGGCUUCUUUGCCUGGGAGCAUGUAUAACAUGUUAUAUGGCUAUCACGCAUGGAGGGUCCGGUCGUCACGUAGAAGCCGUGAUGAUGGACGACCCCAAGAAGCUGAUCAUACGUGGGAAAUUGCUCUAUGCUCUCAGCUGGCUUACCGCUUUCGCGAAUACCUUCUCGCGGACCUCCAUCUUAGUCCUGUUCCGGCGCAUAUUCCCUCCGGGCAUCACGCGCAUCGUGACGGAUCUCGCCAUCGUUUACUUGAUCCUCUUCGUCCUCGCGCAGGCGAUUGUCGGACUAACGGAAUGCCACCCGCUGGCAUACUUCUGGGACCGCAGCAUCCCCGGCGGGUGGUGUGUGGAUCAAUUCCUCUUCUACCGAAUGUCUGGUCUGCUGAAUAUCGCUGGAGACGUGGUGAUCCUGAUUCUGCCCAUUCCGACCGUCUGGACGCUUCAUGCGUCCCUGGCCAGGAGAACCGGGAUUGCCAUGGUGUUUCUGUCGGGCAGCUGUGGCCUCAUAGCCUCGUGUGUCCGAACCUCCUAUUUUUUCACAGCUGCCAAAUUGUCGAUGACCGACCCGACCUGGGCGGACAUCAACCUAAUGACCUGGACUACCGUAGAAAGUGGUCUGUAUCUCUCCGCUGCCUGCAUGAUCGGGCUGCGACCCCUGCUUAACCAAGUGGCGGGCUGGAUGACAAGGUCUCGCCUCGGGGUAUUCACAGCCAAAGGCACGAAGGCCCGAUCGCGGCGGAGCGAUCCAGAUGACGGAUCACAAUUGAUCUCGACUAUGAAGCAAGAUCAUAUCAACUUAGAGACCUUCGAUCGAGACCGGGACACGGACGAGAGAUCAGCCAUAGGGAGUGGGGCGAAGCAGCCCUCUGUUGUAUAGGAGGAGCUCUAGGCAAGCAAGGGCGUAAAGAAUGGACACGCGGUCACAAGAUCGCUGAACCUCGACACCAUAAUGCCUUUAGAUAGUCUAUGACCACUUUUCAAUUCGCGAAUUCAAUAUACAGCUCUCGAACAUCUAGUUGGCACUGCAACCUCAAGUCUACAUGUGCAGAAGACUAUCUACGAUCAUGCUGUCUCAUUCACGUCAUGUUGGGGAUGGUGAACUAGGAUUUCACACUUUGAACGGGAUGUAAUGAGCUGGUCUUGAUGUUACUAAAGUCAAUCUUGUGAUAUUUAUUAUCAUCACAUUGAUUGCCUUGUCUUGUACCUGUAGGCUACAUUAUCCCAUGGCGAAGUUGCUUCGUCCUUCAGCAACGGGCAGUUACUCCAACACAGCCGGAUGAGAG